AUGCGGGAGAACUAUGGAAGUGUCAUCUCUCUGGCCCAGGAUGAUCAGAGCAAUGAGGAGGGUGAGAAACUGGAUCAGCAGUUCCCAGAUCGAGUUGAAAAGGUGGACUUGAAAGAAAACAUCAGGAAUCCAGGCAGACCUAAGAGAAAGAAAUGCAGCCAUACAGCUGAGAAGAGAGAUGGAAGACGACAUAAUGCACGUUUUCCAAAGCAGAGGAUAAUGAGGAGAUUCAGUCAGAGCAGCCAUCUUAAAAGUCAUCAGAAAACCCACACAGGGGAGAGACCUUUUGAAUGCUCAGAGUGUGGAAAGAGGUUCAGUGAGAGACAGACUCUUCAGAGGCAUCAGAGAAGCCACACAGGGGAGAGACCUUUUGAAUGCUCAGAGUGUGGAAAGAGGUUCAGUGAGAGACAGACUCUUCAGAGGCAUCAGAGAAUCCACACAGGGGAGAGACCUUUUGAAUGCUCAGAGUGUGGAAAGAAGUUCAGUGAGAGACACAAUCUUCAAAGUCAUCAGAGAACCCACACAGGGGAGAAACCUCCUGAAUGCUCACAGUGUGGAAAGAGAUUCAGUCACAGUGGCAGUCUUCAAAGGCAUCAGAGAACCCACACAGGGGAGAGACCUUUUGAAUGCUCAGAGUGUGGAAAGAGGUUCAGUGAGAGACAGACUCUUCAGAGGCAUCAGAGAAUCCACACAGGGGAGAGACCUUUUGUAUGCUCAGAGUGUGGAAAGAGAUUCUGUCAGAGUGGCAAUCUUCAAAGUCAUCUGAGAACCCACACAGGGGAGAAACCUCCUGAAUGCUCACAGUGUGGAAAG